UUCCACUUGAAAAUCAAAAGUCUUACCAUUCUUUAUCCCCAAUGACAGCCUGCAUCGCGCGGUACAUAAUAUGGCAACAUCAUACUCCGUGGUGCGCGCCUUCUCUAAACGCUACACCCCCUCUUUUCUCUCUCCUCUUCUUCUAAGUUUCAACGUCUGCAAUUUGAGCUUCUUCCCUUCCUCUUCUUCUUCUGUUGCUCUCUCCUCUGAAGCCAAGAAGAGCCCAGCUAGGGCAUGCUCUUCUCUCUCUGCAUCUGCAACAACCAUGUCUUUUUCCUCCUCUUAUGAGAAAGAGCUUUCCGUGGCCAAGAAAGCUGCUUCCCUCGCUGCCAAACUAUGCCAGGCAGUACAGUUCGAAUUAUUGCAAUCGGAUGUCCAAUCAAAAUUGGAUAAAAGCCCUGUCACCAUUGCUGAUUAUGGUUCACAGGCUUUAGUUAGCUUUGUAUUGGAGAGGGAGCUUCCUUCAGAAUCCUUUUCAUUGGUUGCUGAGGAGGAUUCCGGGGACCUACGUAAGGACAGUGCUCGAGAAACACUUGAGCGAAUAACAAAGCUUGUUAAUGAAACUAUAGCUUUGGAUGGCAGCUACGUCAUUCCCCCAUUGACAGCAGAAGAUGUGCUUGCUGCAAUUGAUAGAGGCAAAUCAGAAGGGGGGCCUUAUGGGCGACAUUGGGUAUUGGAUCCUAUUGAUGGUACAAAAGGGUUUCUUAGGGGAGAUCAAUAUGCAAUAGCAUUGGCACUGCUAGAUGAAGGAAGAGUUGUAGUGGGUGUCCUUGGUUGUCCCAAUCUCCCGUUGGUGCCAAUCAAUACCGUUGAUAAGCUUGCUGUGGAUUCUGCAAGAGGUUGCCUUUUCUCUGCUAGAAUUGGUGCUGGCACACAUAUGGAGUCCUUGGAUGGUUCUCAAACUCAAAAGGUACAUGUAAGUGCUACUGAGAAUCCUGCAGAAGCAUCUUUCUUUGAGUCAUUUGAGGCUGCACAUUCCAUGCAUGACUUGUCAAAGAACAUAGCUCAGAAACUAGGUGUUCAGGCACCACCGGUUAGAAUAGAUAGCCAGGCAAAAUAUGGAGCAUUAUCCAGAGGUGAUGGAGCCUUUUAUUUGCGUAUCGCUCAUCGUGGCUACCGUGAGAAAAUAUGGGAUCAUGCAGCUGGUUUCAUUGUGGUCACAGAAGCUGGUGGUGUGGUGACUGAUGCAGCUGGGAAUGCUCUAGAUUUCUCACGGGGUAGAUACUUGGAUGUUGAUACAGGCAUCAUUGUUACCAAUGCCAAAUUGAUGCCCUUGCUCUUGAAUGCUGUGCAAGCUGCCAUAAGAGAAUCUCAAUCUGCUGCAUCUUUGUAAUUAGUUUUAUCAGUGAAGCUGUUUAUGCAGUAAUCUCUCUCUCAUGAUGUUGACACAAGAUUAAUAAGUAGGCUACUUUCCUUCAAAUGACGAAGCCCGACAAAAACUUUUAUGAACAUCUAAAACUGCUACCUAUCAAGGUCUUGUAUCAGUGAACUGUUUAUGCAGUAAUCUCCCUCUCUCUCUCUCAUGAUGUUGACCCCAGAAAACAUAUGUAGGCUAGUUUCCUUCAUACGAGGAAGCCAGAAAGAACUUUUGUGAACAUUUAAAACUGCUACAUUGCAAGAUCUUGUAUCAGUUUCUUUAGAUGAAGAAUGAUGUAAUUUAUCCAUUGCUUAAGUGGGAGGUCCACCAUUUUGAGCCAA